AUGUCUACUAACGUGUGGUCGUUAGACCGAGAGCCAUAUCAUGGUGAUAUUGUUCAAGGUGGAUUGGGAAAUUGCUUUCUUAUUGCUUCACUGCAAGCGUUAGCUUCUUGUCAACCUCAACUACUGAAAUCGAUUAUUUCUGUUUCACCACUCGCAUGCUUCUUCUAUCGACAAGGUCAACGUAUUGAAAUACCAGUAGCAAUAGAAUUACUGAAAGAUGAAAUUCAAUAUUGUCGUUCCACUGUUCCCGAUGUUCAAUGGCCUUAUAUUAUCGAACAAGCCUAUUCUGAAUUUUAUGGGGGCCGAUAUGAUAAUUUAAUCGGUGGAAAUACAUCAGAAGCAUUGUAUGAUUUAAUAGGAAAGCCUGUCGAAGAAUUCGAUCCGAAUGAUCGUGAUUUAUGGGAGAAAAUUGAAAAAGGACUAGCUGAAAAAAAUGCAUUGAUCACUUGUGGCAGUGUUGUGACAAAUAGUGCAGCAGCAGCAGCAGCAACAACAACAGCUAAACUUUCUAGUGGGCUCGUAGUUAAUCAUGCGUAUUCAAUUUUAGCUACUUUUGUUUAUCAACAGACACGAGAAAAAUACGUUCUCAUACAUAAUCCGCAUGGCAUUAAUCAUGUACUCAAAGAAAAUAGCCGUGCACGAAAUGCAUUUUUUAGUUUGGCAUCGAAGAGUCAUCCAUUGUGGUCGACAACAUCCGGAACUCAACUAAUGUCUUGGAAUGAACUGAAACGAUCCUGUAAUCGUAUUCAAAUAUGUCAUAUAAAUGUUGAAUCUCGACAAUUCCUUACUGGUAAUUGGUCACCAAUGACUAGCGGAGGCUGUUCGAAUUUUUCAACCUUUUAUCGAAAUCCAUUUUUUAUCUUUCCUCUUUCGCAUUCAAAAAAAACUGUACUUGUACUUGGUCACACUGUCGAUCAGCGACAUGAACGAACGGAAACGAAUGUUAAACUGAACUAUGAACAAUUAGGUAUUACGAUAGUUGAACUUAAAUCACAUACUAUACCUGUUCAUGAUAAUUAUGAAGUCAUUUGUCAAUCGAAAUUUUGGAACAAAAGAGAAGUAACUAUGACUAUUGAUUUUCAAGCUAAACAAGGAAAGCAAUAUGCUGCUGUUCUAUCGACCUACUAUCCCAAUAUCAAUGCUUCAUUUUGGCUACAAGUUUUCUCUGCACCACAAUUUCCCACAUUACAAUUACGAACGUGGACUGAUCUAUUUCAACAAACCGUUCAGACUAUUCAUGGAGAAUGGCAUCGUGAAAAUUCAGGUGGACGACGAAAUAAAUCAGUAGCAUUAAAAUUUUACAAAAAUCCAGCAUAUCUUCUUACACUUUCGAAUGCAUCUACUGUUCGAUUCAUUCUUCGUCAAUUAUUUGAAAAAGUGAUUCCGCUUGCACAACACCAUCCUAUUGGUAUUUAUAUUAUUUCGACUACAAAUACAAAGGAUGAAGAACCAACAUUUAUACGUGCUAGAUCAGUUUCAAGAUUAAUUCAUUUGAAUUCAGGAGAAGAAUACUUUAUAAUACCUGCUUGUUUUGAACCAAAUUCAUUUGGAAAAUUUGAACUCGAUGUUCUUUGCGAUGAACCAUUUACACUUGAUCCAACAGAAAGAGAAUUACCUACGCCACCUCCAGUAGAUGAUAAAACACCUACGCCACUUCCUGUAGAGAAUAAAGUAUCUACUCGAACUAGUUCACCAAGAAGAAUAGUUUCACCAGCAAGAAAUUCAGCUACAACAGCAAGAACAGCGACAACUAGAAAAAGCAUAACAAAAAGAAAUGAAGCGCCGAAAAAACGAAAUCCUUCUUUAGCUACAGCUCGUCUGACGAAUUUGGUUGAUGAGUAUUUGAACAUAGAAUAA